AUGAAUGAACCAUCGCUCGUAAGCAGAAAAGAUUCUGCUAUUCGCAGUUUUAAAAUGAAUGAUGAAAUUUCGAUAGAUGAUCAAUUAUAUAUUAAAGAUCUAAGCACCAUUCCCAAGGAAGCUCGUCUUCCUGAAAGAUUAAUAAAGUUUGAACCUUUGAUUAAUUCUGUCUCGACAUUCAUUGUUUAUCUCAAAGAUGUCUUCAUGCACUUCUUUUUAUUGAUGGUAACCAAUUGGACUAUUCCAAUUACGCAACCUUUCAAUUUCAUAAUGGUCAUUUUAAUUUAUUUGGCGAGUAUAUGUUUUCUUUUUCCUGCAACAUUGUACUUAAGCAUUGAGGAUGCUGUU